AUGACGACUUUUAGGAACGCGCGAGACCUGCUUCUGUUGACCUUUUGCGAGGGUUCGAUCACGGAAGACGAAUUUCUGUUGCUUUACGACCUAAACACUUCGAAAAAUCCAGAAUAUCCGUACUGGGAUUACAAGAAAUUCUGCCUACAAGACAAAGACGAGGCUGAAUGCAAGACAGAAUUCCGCUUCCAAAAGAAUGAUAUUCCUCUUCUGCUGAAUGUCCUUGGAUUGCCAGAAAAGAUCACAUGCAAACAGGGGACAGUUUGCAGAGGCACCGAAGCGUUAUGUAUGUUGCUAAAGCGACUUGCAUACCCAUGUCGAUACAGCGAUUUGAUGAGCACUUUCGGUAGACCGGUUCCUGAAAUCUCAAUGAUAAGCAAUCAAGUUGUUGAUUUUAUCUUUGAGCACCACAGUCACCGGAUCACUGGUUGGAAUCACACAGUUCUGAACGCCCAUUCAUUGCAGAUCUAUGCUGACGCUGUCUCGAACAGAGGAGCAGCGCUGGACAACUGUUUCGGCUUCGUAGAUGGAACAGUUCGGCCAAUUUGUCGACCAGACCUCAAUCAAAGACUGGUAUACAAUGGCCAUAAAAGGGUUCAUGCCCUAAAAUUUCAAUCAGUUGUCACGCCAAAUGGAUUAGUUGCUAAUCUUUACGGUCCUGUAGGUAAGUUUUCUUUUUAAGUAUAGCUUUCACUUGCAAGUUUCUUUCUUACCUUGAGACUGCUUGAGAGGAUAGUCCUCAGCUGAAAACCUUGGGAAAAAAAUGGAUUAAAAAAAAAUUCAGGAGCUAAUGAGUGAUACCUCCUGAAAAAUCGAAUCACCUUUUUACACACCAACUGGACUAAUGAUCUGUUGUCUUCUCUUCCACUGUUGCUCUUUAAACUGCUGUAGCAUUUGAUACACCAUCAAGUGAACAUCCUUGCAUAAUCACUAAUCGCAUGCCCCCAUUUGAUAUUCUGUUUGUUUGCAUGAUAUAUAGAAAACUGUCUGUGUUUGUUCAUUUCGUUAUAUGUUUUCUUUUUGUUACUUUUAAUCUAAAUAUUUUUAAUUAUAUCUGAAUAUAUACACUGAACCCAAACCAUACAAGUCACUGGCUUUGACCUUUAAAUAAAUAAACCUCUUUGGAUAAAUAGAUUUUGGAUGUUUAAGAUAAUUUUGGAUGUUUAGUUUAAAACUUAACCAAGAUCCAAUAAAGCAAACACAAUUAAUGUGGAGUAUUUGCCUUACUAAAGGGUGGAGUGCUACAUCCAAAAUUUAAAAAUCUAAAAAUCAGAUAGCCUCUCUCCCAAGCUGAAACUUACAUUCCAUUAUGUAUGUAACACUCUCUUUACCAUUAGAAAAUCCUGUAAUAAUUUUUUUUUCAAAUUUGACAAGAGGUUCAUUGCACAUCAUGAAUGUAGUAUGAAUGUUUUUGGGGUUUCUUUGUUCGUAUUUUUCAGAGGGCAAAAAGCAUGAUGCAGGGAUGCUGCGGGACUCUGGCCUCUACAAUGAUCUUCAACGCUAUGCAUUCUCACCAACAGGCCAGCCACUAUGCAUUUAUGGGGAUCCUGCUUAUCCAUUACGAAUACACAUUCAAGCACCAUUUAGAAAUGGAAUCUUGACCCCCCAGAUGCAAAACUUUAAUGCCGCAAUGAGCACAGUGCGAACCUCAGUGGAAUGGUUGUUUGGGGAUGUGGUGAAUUCUUUCUGUUUUCUUGACUUCAAGAAAAACUUAAAGAUAGGCCUGAGUCAAAUAGGAAAAAUGUACAUAGUUUGUGUGCUACUCAGGAAUGCCCUGACAUGCCUAUAUGGAAAUUCCACUUCCGAGUUUUUCAAUUUGGAUCCCCCCACUUUACAAGAAUACUUUGCUUAA